AUGGCAUCACUCCAAGAGCAAUUUAACACUGCAGCAGACCUGGUGAAAAAGCUGGCCAAAAAACCUACAGAUGAUGAAAAAUUGUCAGUGUAUGGUUUACCACAAGGUGUUUUGGAUGUGAGAGGAAAAGCAAAGUGGGAUGCAUGGAAUUCAUUAAAAGGAAAGAGCAAGGAAGAUGCAAUGUCAGAAUACAUUGUAAAAGUAGAGGAGCUCAGGAAUAAAUAUAACUGA